AUGAUGCUAUACGCCACCGUCGUCGUUUAUCUGCCAUUGAUGCUGUUUUUUACCGCUGUUAAUGGAAAAGCCGCAGAUUUUGGCGACGAAUUAAACGUAAUUCGAAACGCGGAAACCCGUAUAAUCGAUCUAAUCGAAUCGACGAUACAGUGUUAUUUAAGUUCUGGCGUUGAUAACAACGUGGACUUGAAUUUAAUGCUCGGGGUGUCCAUUAUGAAAGGUAAGGCGUGCCAUUAUACUGUUGACGUUAUAUAUUUUGGUUUAAUCAUAUUCUACCGUUUUCCGUUGAUAAUUUGUACUCUAACGCGAAAUUUAAAUUAUGUUUUAAUAAAUUAUUAAUUAUUAUACUAUGUAAUUGUAAAUUUUACAUUACCGAGUAACAGCAAAUUCGAAUGGAUACACGUAGCUUCAGCAGUUCUAAUUAUUAUUUUUUUUUUUUUCCAUAUAAAUAUUUUAAAUAUAACAUAUAAAGGUAGGAUUACAAAAAUUGAAAACGAUGUAUUAUAAAUUAAUUUAUAUUAAUGAAUGAUGAAUAUAUUAUUGGAUAAAAUAUAAAACUAUCAUACUUGGGGAAAUAACAAUUACCCUUUAAACUUUAAAGUGUACUAAUCAGGGACGGAUCUGAAGGAUAUUUAAGGGGGAGGGCAAAUUGAUAUCAUAUGUAUAAUUCAAGAAAUCUUUAACCAUGAAUGGCAGGGUGGGGGAUGUGUAAAUUUCUAUUAUCACAUACUUUUAUUAUUGUCUUCGUAUAUACUUACUAACAUAUUAAUUUAUGGUAACUAAAUGAUACUAAAACAAUAAGUUACACCUACAUAAUAAAUUGUUAUAACUAUAAAUUCAAAAUAUCAUUCAAUUGAAAAAAGUGAAAUAUAUUUAAACAAGUAUAAUUAAAAAAUAUUAUUUAUGCUUACAUAACUGUAACAUAGUUAAACAACAUAAUAUAUAUUAUAAUAAAGAAGGGAUAUAAUUUGUUGGAAAGUAUUUGGUUGGAAAAAUAUUACGUUGGAAAAUAUUUCAUUGGAACCGUAUUUUUUCGGAAAAAUAAUUCCUCGGAAAGUAUUUUGUCGGAACUGUUCAGUAUAAUUUCAUUAUAAGCACUCCGUGACUGCGUGUUAUCGUCGUUGGGUAAAAAUUAUUUUCCGACAAAAUACGGUUCCAACAAAAUACUUUUCCGACUAAAUACAUUCUGACGAAUACUUUUUUUUUCGACAAAAUACGGUUCUAACAAAGUACGUUUUCAACAAACUGCGGUUCCUACCCAGUUCAACAAACUGUGGUUCCUACAAAACAUUAUUCCGAAAAAAAACGGUUCCGACAAAAUAUUUUCCAAUAUUUUACGCACCCCUAUGUAAACACAAUUUAUAAUAAUAACUUUAAUGUUAUGUUUUUUCAAUCGCAAAUGUAUCUUUGAUUUUUUCAACAAAUACUUUUAUAUCCCUAUGCACACAAAGUAAUGUUAAGCCAGUCUAUAUAUUUUGCUCCAUGCGUGAUCUUAUCCAUGUUAUUAAUGUACUUAUAGCAUGUAUCUAUUUAAAGUAUUAAAGUAUAUGAUUAUUAGUUAGCUACAUAAUAUCUAGCCUUAAUAGACAAAAAGGCAUAAGUGACACUUUUGGCCAAAUUGACUUUUUGUUUUCAAAAAAUUCAGAAAAAUCAGCUUUAUCAAUGAUAAAAAAAGUUUAAGCGACUAGUUCAUUAAGAAUGGUUGAUUUUUGCAUUAUUAGCAGUGGAAAUGGUGUAAGCAAUAUAGUUGAAUAGCGAUAUUGAUAAUAUCAAAUAACUAUAAUAGGAUGAUUAUCAAUUUUACCGAUGUACACAAUUACCAAUGUUUUUUUAACCGUGUUAAAUAUGUCAUUUGGAUACAGUGGUGUAUAUUACUAAUAUUAUUUCAAAUGAUAAGAUAAUAUGAUAAAAAUCAAUUGGAUACACAGAUAUAUCAUAAAGAUAAUACAGAUAUAUAUAUAAAUAUACGAGUAAGUAUUCAGUAUAUAUCUGUAAUUAGAUAUUGUAAUCAUUCAAAAUAAAUUUCCUAAUCUCAUAAACGUUAAAUUAGCUGCAAACCUUCAAAUAUUUAGUAUUCGCCUGAUGUAUACUACUAAGCCGCCGGUGAAGGUGAGAAAAAAAUUCCAAGGGGAGGGAAGAUCGCUAGGUCGCCGCCCCUCAAAUUCGUCCUUGGUACUAAUAAAGUAGUAUAAAGAAACUUAGACAUUUAUCACGAUUCUUAAUUAUUUGUAUCAUAAAUUAUUUUAAUUUGUAUUCAAAUUGGAUAGAUAUUACUGUAUAUCCUACUUGGCGAACUGACCAUGCACACAACGUACAAAUUCAUCUUAUUUCUUCUAUAUAUUUUCCCAACGACCUGGGAACUUGUUAUCAAACACGCGGUUGAGGGCGAAAUUUAGGUUUCGGUUGUAAUUUAGGAAAACCUUCUCAUGUAUUUGCUCGUGCGGAAUACACGCAAUCGGACUAGUCGAAAUAAUAGUUGCACAAUUACGUAGGACCACCGCCGUAAUACAAUCAUAUUUAAUAAACAUGAUAAUAAGUACUUAUAGGUAUUAUCGAUACGACACAAAGGGCAACGUAUGCCAAAAUCAACGAAACAAUGACUCAACGCGCGAGACCUUAUCGUGGGAACGCUAUCGUCUAAUUUUACAACAUGCUAAUGCUAUUGCCAAAAAGUGCGUUAUAAGCGCUUUUCGAUAAGGGAUCCAAUAAGGAUAUAUAACUGACAAUGCCGUUUCGGGCGAGUCAUGAGCUAUUGAGUUGUGAGCAACUACACGUCAAAUUGUUUUAUACAAUUAUUACCUAAAUAGUGAAAGAAAUAUUUUGAUAUGUUAUAUAAAAACCUAUACAUUUUUUUACUACAAUUCUAGACUUAAUUUAAUAGAAUUUCUCCCUGAACUUAUUGUGCAACGACAGUCAGUAACAACUGACACCGGCAUAAAAUGAUUGAUAACACUACUAAAAAUAGUCAGAAUAAUCAAUGGGCAUGGAAGAUAUAACUAAUUUUAAUGAAUUUUUAUUUAAGUAAUACGUAAUUAUAUGGUGUACUUAAAUUUCAACUAGGUAUCCAAUCAUUUGUUUAGGAUCUGCUAAGUAUCAGUUACAUGUAUAGACAUAAAAACUAGUCGAUACCAACUCGUUGGUUUUUGAUACAUUUUACUGGUACCAAAUGGCAGAUGUGCUUUUCCAUACACGCAUGGUUCACUAAUCUCCCUAUCUACCUUUUUCCUUUUCAAGCAUCUUUUUUUAUAUGACUUCUGACUUAAUGUCUCCAUUUUUCGUGACACACCUGCAACAUUAACUUGUUUGCAAUUUAUUUCAGUCCUCUCCUCAGGAACUACUGGCUGUAACGUUGCUUUGUACAAUAAACCAUUUUCUUCAUGAACUUCAAAUAGUACUGUUUUUCCAUCAGAUUUCAACAGCCAAAACGAAAAAAAAAAUGUUUGUAAUACUUGGGACGUACCAUACAUCUUUCAAAUCUUUCAAUAUCAGUUCUUCAGUUUUAUCACAAAACUCGAAACGAACUUAGACCUGCUUGGAGAGUUUCCUUUUCAGCAACCUUGACAUACAGGGCAUUUCAAUCUCUCAAUUAUACUUGACUACAUCUCAAUACUUCAAAAUGUUUUUAUAUUUAGGUUAAUUAGCCUGAUAAGUCAAUAAUUUGAUUGCGAUUACUUAUUCCAUUAUGUGUUGCUAAUAGUAAAAAAAAAACUUUCGUACGUUUUUUAUAAAAUACAUGCCGGGGUCCAAAACCUAUUGAAAUAAUUUAUUCGUUUGAAAAAAUAUUCAUAAUCAAUUUAACAGACAGCAACUCAUUGUAAAAAACCAUGUUUAUUUUUAAUAACAAAGAAAUAUUACAGUAAAAACAAAGAUUUGACUUUACAACAAAAUAGAACAAACAAGGUUUAUAACUUUAUUUUUAAACUUGUACAUGGAAACGAAAAUACAAUAUUUACUUGUUUAUCCUUAUAUUAGAAACUAUAGUGUUACUACGUAUUAAUGAGAAUCUGCCAAUCUGUAAUUUCAAUUUAACGCAUGCGACACUAUGUUUUACAUAAACUAAUGCAAAAUUCGUGUAAUUUAAUGCAGGUCAGUUUAUGUCAUGCGGCAAUCGUUCUCAAUUUAAUUAUUUUAGUGAUUUUAACCGAAAAUCCAGGCUAUCCGCAAUGGUCGAUGAACUAUACAAGAAAUUUUAUGAGAACAAUAUACCAGAUUUGGAUACAAGUAAGAAAAAUGUCAACGUUUAUUAAUGUUUCCGUUUUUGAGGUUUUUAAUUUUUUAUAUUUUCUUUAUAAUAUAGAGUCUAUAUGAAUAGUCAAAUAUUUGGUUAGAAAACGAAUUAGGCAUAAUUCUUAUUUAUUUUAAAUUGUUGACAAAUAACAAUAAUAACAAUAGGUGUGCAUUGCGUUUAUAAGAAUUGUUAUACCAUGCUAUACCUAGUACCUACAUAGUUAUUCUGUAUUCAAAUUGAGGACAACAUAGUAUUAUUUAUUUUAUUGAAUACUCUUAAUCUCAUUAUCUGUCCAUCGGAUCGUAAUGAAAAUAAUUUUAGAUUAAUUUAUCUAGUGUCAAUCUUAUUUUACAGUGACAAUAAUUUGUUUAAAUAUUUUAAAAAUUUGGCACCUUAAGUUUUAUUUUGGCUACUUAAGUUAGCAUAGUUUUCCAAACGUGAUAUAAUUUCCAAAAUAUUUGCCCAUCUUUUUGAGUUACUUGACAUUUUCUAGGUUUUCGAUGUACACGUUAAAACACCCUCGAAAAUUUGGAACAAGUAUCAUAAGUUGCUUUUAUUGAUGAAAAAAAUGUUUAAUCAAACUCCUCACUCGGAAUCGUAUUUCGUUUUGUAAUGAUUUAUCCAUGAACAUAUUUAGCCCGUGGGAAUAGGUAUCAAUUUUUCUUUCUCACGUGCCCACAAAUUAUUUGUCAGUCGACCACCAGUUUACGCUUACAUAUUAUUAUCCUAUACCAUGUACGUACCAUUUUACCAGGCACCUAUAUAAUUGUUUUUCUUUCAUUAUUAUUUACAGCUUGGAAAAUUCUCGACCCCCGUCUUUGGAUGUCCACCGAACGAAUAGUACGAAAAUCACACAAACGCGCCCGACUGCCCGCUAUGUUCGACGUGGAUUCGUUAACCGACGGCGAUCAAUAUUUCCGUGAUAUAUCGGAUGAGUGCUUACGGCAGGCAAUCACCACUUGCCAAAUAACCCCGGAAUGCAUCCAACCGGAACUAUUGGAUAAUUUUUUUGGAUACGCCCACACCCAUCAAGUGUUGUACUUGCACGUGUUAAAGAAAGUGAAUAUUAUGGUGUUGGUUUAUUAUCUGCACCACGUUUUAUUUACUAAAUGUUAUUGUUUUCUGGUGUAGAAAAAAUGCAACAGUCCGAUUUUUCCGACGAUCGUAGAAAAAAUAGCACUUGACAAAUGCAACAUGAUUUUUAUCGAAACUCUAUACAUCGCUAAUGAUCCCGAUUUGCUUGAAAAAUUCAAAGAUUUAUUUAUUGAACAAAGUAAGCGAUACACACAAAUAAACAAAAAAAACCGCAUAAAUGAACCAUAAAGAAUAUGAUACAAUAUAUUAUAUUAUGUACAUAUAGAUACAGUCACGCAUACGUAAAUCUCCAUUAAAAGGUUCAACCCCCACACAAAAUUUUUGUCUGUAUAUGUGCUCGUAUAGAUAUAGAUACAAUAUGAUGAUAUUGUUUGCACUCAUGGUUAGAAAUGUGGAAUUUACCGGUAAAAAUUAGUUAGUAAAGUUUACGCGAAUUUAGGUAAAUCGAAUAAAAUUUUUAUUAGAGAUAAAAUUAAUUAUAAAUAUGUAAUACACAUACUGUAAUACGAAUGUGAGAUAAUUGUAAAGUUUAAAGAAAGAAGAACAACAUGGAGUACCUGUUAUUGUUUUUUUUUUUUUUACUAAAAUAACUUUAUUAAUUUUCAGCCUUUGAAAAAAAAAUUCAUAAUCCAUAAUUAACUACAGAAUAAUGUUUGCAGACUAAAAGUAGUAAUAAAGUUUCAAAUUUUAAAACUUUAUAAUGUAUUGAAUUGUGUACAUAUUUAAACUACAAAAUACUAAUAUAAUUAUAAACAUCAACAUGACAGCAUCACUUGAAUCUGUUUUUAUUUUAAUCUGUUGCUGAGUAUAUUAGAGGUAGCAAAGACAUGUUUUCGAUAGCAGAAAAAUGAGAGAAAAUAGAUCGAAGUGGUUUAGGCAUGCCAUGAGGAGAGAAGGAAUCGGAUGCAAUAAGAAUGGUAAUGAAAAUAAAUGUAGGAGGAAAGCACAAAAUUAUAGCACAACAUUAGAUUUGCUAAACAAAAAUUUGACAUUAUCCAAUUUUCAACAUUAGCUAUAGAGUAAAAUAUUUAUUAAUUGUGUACAGAUUAGUAAUUAUGGUUAUGUAGUACAAAUUGUUUGUUAAUAUUUGAUUAAAUUAAGCUAUAAUCAUUAUAAUGUACACUAUAAAUACCUUUAAUUGUUUAUAUAAUUUGCAGUAAAACUCAAAAUCUUAGAUAACUUAAAAAUCAAAAUAUUUAAGUUUUUUUAGCUUCCCCACCCCAAAUUAAUAGGUUUUAAUUUUUUUUUUUUGGUUCCGAAAUUUAGAAUGCAAUCAAUACGAAUUUGUGUGAUCAAUUUCAGAAUUUGCAUGACAUUGAGGUUAGAGAAAUAGUAAAAACCGGGGGGGGGGGUGGCGUCACUUUUUAUUUAAGUGACACAACUUUUUAAAUAUUAUAUUAUUAUUUUAACGUACAAUUUGGCAUAUGCAAAUCACGUAAACAAACACCCUACGCUUUUAUUUAAUCAAAAUUUGAAUUUAAAUUGUUGUGUGCAGUUGCUAUAUGUGGAAUGCUAAACAUGGAGGAUUUCAUUCGACUCGAAUGGCUCUCGGUCGUGUUUACAACAAAAAAUGUCGAUUGCGGUGAUGUUCAACGCAAAAACAACAAUUUAUCGUAAUUAUUAUUAGUUUGAUAAUAUAUUAGUUUGGUUUUCAGCUUUACAUCCUUUUCUAUAAUCCGCUUUCCUUUUCUAUAAUAUAUGAAUUUUAUCUUCAAACAAACAUGAUCUGUUUUAUCUAGUCCGGCUUAGGUCUUCAUCCAGGGACCGGAGUUAUUCCCUUCAACGCUCGCUCUAUAUUCUAUUUUAAUAUAAAUUAUAUAAUUCACCCAUUUCGUCUUCAAAUCGAACUUUUCCAUUGUGUUCUAUUUAACCCUUUUGAUGUGCUAUUCCCUUGGUCCAGCUUAUCUUAUGCGUAAAUACGGCGUGCAAAACUUAUUUUUACGCCUAUAAUAAAACAUUUCUAGAAAUUUCUGAAAUAAAAAAUAUUAUUUUUAAAAUUAAUUGAAUUAUAUGUUGUUUAUUAUAUUCAGCAAAAUGCAUACAAACCAGCAUCAUUACUAAACCAGAUAUUUUUUUUUCAUAAAUUUCCACUCUCAUCAAUUUCAUAAUUGCAUCAUUAGUUCACAUAUUAUUAAUAAAUUUGAUUUAGGCAUUACACAGUCACGGAUUCUUUACAGAUUCAUAAAAGUAAAGUAUUCUCUUUUGAUUCUACCCCUGAAUUUUAAUCAAUUUGUCAAUAAUUUAAACUAAUUAAUAAACGUAGGUAAGGUUAGGUGUUUAACGACACAGCGUUAAAUCAUUACGAACAAUGUGAGCGAUUGAAAAAUAUAAAUUGAACAUUAUAUUAAUUUGUUACUGGGUAUUUUAUGAUGGAUGUACAAUAAUACAUUUUAAAUUAAAAUGCUUUUAAAAAUAAAUUUCACGAUUAUUAUUAUUUUUUUUUUCUUCGUUAAAAAUGCCCAACGAAAAAACCACUGAUUAUUAUUGUUAUUUAUUGUGUAGUUACAAAUUAAUAUAAUAUUUUAAAUUUAAGUUUAUUGAAAAAUCUGUUGUUUAACAGAAUUGUUCUCAAAAUCGUUUUUCGUUAGCAAUGAUUUAUCGUUGUGCUAUUAUCGUCGUUAUAUCCGGGACGUAUAUAAGCAUACCAUACAUUGCUGGAGACCCAUGGGAAAUUCGAGAGCUGUCAUUGUCUGUAUUGCGUUUGUGAUAACGCAUUAACGUUAUAAAACAAUCAAUAUUCAAUGUUUUCAAAUGUUUUUUUUUUUUUUUCUAAACUUAUUUGUUUACAAUAAAAUACGAUUUAUUCAGCAUCGUUAUUAUAUUAUGAUAAUUCGUUGCACAUUUAGAAUACUUGAACGCUUGAAAAAAUAUAAUUCCUUAGUAAAUGAUGUCAGCAGAUCGGUCAGCCACUAGAAUUAACUGUUCCUAAACUCAACUGCUGAUUCCAAUUCCAACACUCUAUAUGUAUAAUGCAAUGGAAAUACAGUUUUUGAUGAUGACUCGAUUUAUAUAUUAUUUAAUCCUAAUGUGUUUACCAAUAUUAAAGUUUUAUAUUUUAUUGUAACUUUCAAUAAAAUGUUUUAUACUUAUAGAUCUCGAUGAAUGAAAAAUUAUAAGAAUAAAAUAUUGGUGAUUAUGGUCUAUAUUUAUAUUUAUGAAAGAGGAUUAAGAUGAUCAAACCAAGUCAAAGUUGUAUACAUUUUUAAAAUUCAGAUAAUGUAAAAUAACAAUAAUAAAUCAUAAGUCCUUAAAGUUAAAAUCCAAAUUUCAAAGUUAUUUUAGUUAAGAUUCGUAUUACAUAAAUAAUUUAUUAUUCAUUAAAUACAAUAUAAAAUACUAUCGAACUCAUAAUUCGCUGUUCUUUUGGAACACUUGAAUGUACGUUCUAAUGUACAUAAUUGAGUUUAGCAAACUCAGCAACCCAUAUAUCGAUAUCUUCUUAAGAAUUUACAUCACAUCUUAAAAUAAUAUUUACAUUGUCUUCUUUGACAAUUUCAUUUUUAAAUGCUGUUGGAUAAAUCAUAUUUUAUUGUAAAAAGUAAGUUAAAAAAAAAAAAAACAAACAUAUAAUUUGAAAAUAUUAUCACAAAGUAAAUGCAGCCAAUAAGAGCCACUCUCGAAUUUCCCAUGGGUCUCCAGCAAUGUAUGGUAUGCUUAUAUGCAUCCGGGACAAGACAACAGGGGGAGGCGAAUUUUAAAAUGUAGGUAUAUAACGCAAACAUUUAUGAUGAAUCAAGUUAAGACGAUAUUGGAGAGUGAACGAAUGAGGGGGGCUAUUGCGUACAGAUAUAACCUAUAUACAUUUUUUAUUUUAUUUUAUUUUUUUUUUUUUUCAAUUUAUUGCGUAGGCCGCAAGACUCUUCACACCUGGCAGGCGUGUCGCUGGCGGCGCUGGGAACGUACUGGAAAUUCUUGUGCUACGACUACGGAACCGACAACACAAAAUAA